UAACGGGACUAAGAGUCGCAGCUCGCGGAUUAAUACCGGGAUCUCUCUCUCCUGUCUGGUUUUUUUUUUUUAACACAUCAGCACAACCGAGAUGCUUCUGGAGCGCGAGGACAGCUUCAUGUCGGAGUUUGAGGACGCGUGCAGCGCCUGGGUGGACAGUGUGGGCUCGAGCCCCAGCGACGGAACCGAAUCUGACGUGGGGUCACCUUUCAGCCAAGUGUUCUCUCCGGGAGCGGACGCCUCUGACUCAGAUUUCUUCUCCGACUUCAGCGACUGCUCCUCGGACACGCUCUCUCCCUCCCUGGGCUACACCGGCAGCUUCUUCGCCGAACCGGAGCCGGCUCCAGCAGCACCAGCAGCAGCAGCGGCGGGGCUGAGCAGCACAGCGGACGCCAUCCUCAACAUGAUCACAGAGAUCGUGGGGAUCUGCACUGAGAUGGAGCAGCAGGGAGACGCCAGCUCUUCGCCCGCUGCUGCAGCCUCCCUCUACGCCCCAUCUCCCUGUCUGACUCCCAGCUCUGACAUCGGCGUCCCCGCCGGGGCCACGGACCAGCUGCUGCCCCCCGCCGCUCAGCCCGUGGUGGUGAAGAGCGAGUUUGUGAGCUCCAGCUGCAGCAGCGGGUGCGGGCAGCCCUCUGUGGCCGGCGGUGAUGCUCUGUUCGCGGGCAGCGCGGACGCUCUCCUCCCGCUGGAGGUCUCCGACUUCAUCGACUCUCUGCUGAGCGCCGAGGCCGGGCAGGGCGAGCUGGGGGCCGGCUGUGAGGUGAAGCAGGAGCCGCUGGGUCUGGAGGACUGGUUGAAGAGUUUGUCUGCUGCUCCCGUUACCGGGGGAGAUUCCAGUGACGUCACCAGCAGACCGACAGUGAAGACGGAGCUCGUGCAGAACUUCUCCCCCUCCCCUCUCCCCUCUACCCUGGACGCUCAGCUCCUCUCCUCCCUCCUGCAGGGCGCGUUCCCGAUAGUCAACAUCGGCAGCGUGCACGCGCCUGGAGCCCCCAAACUGUCACGAGGGGGCCGGAGAGCCUCCAAGACCGGGCUGAAGGUGAAGCCGUUCCCGUGCUCGGUGCAAGGGUGCGAGCGCCGCUUCUCGCGCUCCGACGAGCUCAACAGGCACGUGCGCAUCCACACGGGGCAGAAGCCCUUCACCUGCACCAUCUGCGCGCGCAGCUUCAGCCGCAGCGACCACCUGACCACGCACACGCGCACGCACACCGGAGAGAAGCCCUUCUCCUGCGACGUGUGCGGGAAAAGGUUCGCGCGCAGCGACGAGAGGAAGAGGCACGGGCGCGUGCACGUCAAGCAGCAGCUCCGCGCGCAGAUGAUGGCCGCGUACUCCCUGGCCCUGAACGCGCCCGGGGUUUGAACAGGAAGUGACGCGGCAGCGAGGCUGCUGUGGAAUCAACUUAAAGCUUCAGGAUUUGAACCGUCGACCCGGAAGCGUCACGGCGACGUUUUCCACGUGACGUCACAGUGGAAGCUGAAGCAGGUGUUUACAGGUGUUCAGAGGACUCUGUCACGGCGCAUGCGUGUGUCUGAGUCCACCUGGAGGAUUGUGGGAGGAGUGUUGAGCACCCUGGGGUCCUCCUCACCUGUGCAGGUGUGUGACGAGGACUGAGUCUGCAGGAGGAUGUAAAUUAUCUCUGGUCUGUCUGCAUGAGGACGUGACAGUGAACAGUGAAUGUCGACGUCAGAAUGUGGUGUUUCUAGAUAUUUUUAUGUCAGACUUUCUAUUCAAUGUUUGUAAAAUAUUCUAUUUUUCUAUCCUCUACCUCUGUGUGGCGCUGUUUGACCUUUGUAAGACCGCCGUUAACGUGCAAUGAUGUCACUUUUCUAGGACUGACUCUGAAUGAUCUUUAUAUUUUCAUUCUGAUGUUUCAUGUGGUUACGAAGCACAGGGAGAGCUGCACUGAUGCAUUGUGGGAUACGCAGUUUAAACACAGCAGCUCAGUGUCUGUGCAGGUUGAUGUUCCUCGAUGUGCAUGAGGCUGCUGACAAAAUAAACCAA